AUGGCCAUGGGUUCCAAGGUGAAGGAGCAUGCUAGGCUGUUUGAGCAAGAUAGCUUCAGUGCUGAUUGGGAUGAGUCUAAGGCACCUCAGCUGGAACUCAAACCUCUUCCCAAGGGGCUCAGGUAUGCUUUCUUUGGUCUCAAUGACUCUUAUCCUGUCAUUAUCAAUGAUAUGCUGUUAGAGGACCAAGAGCAUAGGUUGUUAGGAGAGUUGAGGAAACAUAGGGGAGCCAUUGGCUACUCUCUGGAUGACAUUAAGGGUAUCUCACCCUCCCUAUGCACUCAUAGGAUUCACUUAGAAGAAGAGUCAAUGUCAUCCAUAGAGCACCAAAGGCGCCUAAAUCCCAACUUAAAGGAGGUACCCAGGGUUGUUAUUUCUGAUGGAGGGUCUCACUUUGUGAACAAAAAAUUGGAAGGUUUGCGGAAGAAGCAUGGAGUGAAACAUAAGGUAGCUACUCCUUAUCAUCCUGAAACUAGUGGCCAGAAAGAUGCCAAUACAAGGCUGUUGAGAUGGGUUUUAUUGCUCCAGGAGUUUGAUAUGGAGGUGCUUGAUAAAAAGGGGAUUGAGAAUGGGGCUGCAGACCAUCUCUCAAGGCUGAUGAUUGAAGAAAAAGUCCCCAUAGAUGAUGCUUUGCCUGAAGAGUCUCUGAUGAGCAUUCAAGAAAGGAGGAUGCCUUGGUUUGCAGACAUAGUGAACUAUCUUGCAUGUGGGGUGGAGCCUCCUGAAUUAGAUGCUUACAAGAGGAAAAAGUUCUUCAGAGAUGUCCAGAGAUACUAUUGGGAUGAGCCCUACCUCUAUGUUCUGAACAAGGAUCAGCUAUAUAGAAGGUGCCUUGCUGAAGAGGAGACAUGUGAUGCUUGUCAGAGGCAUGGGAACAUAUCUAAGAGAAGUGAGAUGCCUCAAAACCCCAUUCUAGAAGUUGAGAUCUUUGAUUGCUGGGGGAUUGACUUUAUGGGACCUUUCAUUUCAUCCUAUGGAAAUCAGUACAUCCUUGUUGCUGUGGACUAUGUGUCCAAAUGGGUUGAGGCAAUUGCUUCCCCUACCAAUGAUUCCAAGGUUGUAGUGAAGCUGUUCAAGAGCAUCAUCUUCCCAAGGUUUGGAGUUCCAAGGGUUGUCAUCUCUGAUGGAGGAUCCCAUUUUUUGAACAAGACUCUGGAAGGUUUAUUGAGAAAGCAUGGAGUUAAACACAAGAUAGCUACUCCAUAUCAUCCUCAAACUAGUGGCCAGGUUGAAGUAUCCAAUAGACAGAUCAAGGCCAUUCUUGAGAGUACUGUUAGCUCAAGCAGAAAAGAUUGGAGCAAAAGGCUAGAUGAUGCAUUAUGGGCUUACAGGACUGCCUUUAAAACUCCAAUUGGAACAUCACCAUUCAGUUUUCUAUAUGGGAAGAGCUGCCACCUUCCUGUUGAGUUGGAGUACAAAGCUAUGUGGGCUGUGAAGUUUCUAAACUUUGAUAUCAAGACAGCUCAAGAGAAAAGGAUCAUGCAACUUCAUGAACUUGAGGAGAUCAGGCUUGAAGCUUUUGAAAGCUCAAAGAUCUAUAAGGAGAAGACCAAGGUCCUGCAUGAUCAAAAGAUUCUGAAGAGAGAGUUCAAUCUUGAUGGGUACUCGGGGUUCUUUCAAAUCCCCAUAAAUCCCCGAGAUCAAGAGAAAACAACAUUCACUUGCCCUUAUGGCACAUUUGCAUACAGGCGAAUGCCUUUUGGUCUCUGUAAUGCCCCUGCCACAUUUCAACGAUGCAUGACGCAUAUAUUCUCUGACAUUAUUGAAGAGAAGGUGGAGGUGUUCAUGGAUGAUUUUAGUGUCUAUGGCUCCUCCUUCUGGGAUUGUCUCUCUAAUUUGUCACAUGUCUUGGAGAGAUGUGAGCAGCAUAACUUGGUGUUGAAUUGGGAGAAAUGCCACUUCAUGGUGCAGGAAGGAAUUGUACUUGGGCAUAAGAUAUCUGAGAAGGGCAUAGAGGUUGACAGAGCAAAAGUGGAAGUAAUGGUGAAUCUGCAAACUCCCACUUCAGGCAAAGGGAUAAGGAGUUUUCUUGGGCAUGCAGGGUUUUACAGAAGAUUUAUCAAAGACUUCUCAAGAAUUGCCAGGCCGUUGACAAGGCUGUUGUGUAAAGAAGUUGAUUUCAUCUUUGAUGCUGAAUGUGAAGAGGCAUUCAAGACGAUCAAGGAUGCAUUAGUCAGUGCACCAAUUGUCCAAGCCCCAGACUGGUCUCUGCCUUUUGAGGUUAUGACUGAUGCAUAUGAUUUUGCAGUUGGAGCUGUACUUGGCCAAAGGAAGGAUAAGAAGCUUCAUGUCAUCUACUAUGCUAAUGGGUACUAUGGAUUUUUUCAAAUUCCCAUAGAUCCAAGAGAUCAAGAGAAAACAACAUUCACAUGCCCUUAUGGCACAUUUGCAUACAGGCGAAUGCCUUUUGGUCUCUGUAAUGCCCCUGCAACAUUUCAAAGAUGUAUGAUGCACAUUUUCUCUGACAUUAUUGAAGAGAAAGUUGAGGUGUUCAUGGAUGACUUUAGUGUCUAUGGCUCCUCCUUCUCGGAUUGUCUCUCUAAUUUGUUACAGGUCUUGGAGAGAUGUGAGCAGCACAACUUGGUGUUGAACUGGGAGAAGUGCCACUUCAUGGUGCAGGAAGGAAUAGUUCUUGGGCACAAGAUAUCUGAGAAGGGUAUUGAGGUUGACAGAGCAAAGGUGGAAGUGAUGGUGAAUCUGCAAACCCCCACUUCAGUCAAAGGGAUAAGGAGUUUCCUUGGGCAUGCAGGGUUUUACAGAAGAUUUAUCAAAGACUUCUCAAGAAUUGCCAGGCCCUUGACAAGACUGUUGUGUAAAGAAGUGGACUUCAUCUUUGAUGCUGAAUGUGAAGAAGCCUUCAAGUUGAUCAAGGAGGCAUUGGUUAGUGCACCAAUAGUUCAGGCACUAGACUGGUCCCGUCCUUUUGAGGUCAUGACAGAUGCAUCUGACUUUGCUGUUGGAGCAGUUCUUGGGCAAAAGAAAGACAAUAAGCUACAUGUCAUCUACUAUGCCAGUAGAACACUUGACUCUGCACAAGAGAAGUAUGCUACUACUGAGAAGGAAAUGCUGGCAAUAGUCUUUGCCUUUGAUAAGUUCAGAAGCUACCUGGUGGGAUCAAAAGUCAUUGUAUAUACUGAUCAUGCAGCCCUCAGGUAUCUGAUGACCAAGAAAGAUGCCAAGCCA